UCUAUCAACUUCCGUUUAUAUUAUUUCGUAAAAUAAAAAAAAAUACGCGACCGUUUUGCUGUCCUUGCUUUGUCAAAUUCAGUGUUGAUGGUUUAAACCUACAUUUUCAACUGCAUUAUUUCUGUAAUAAAGAUGGCAGGACUAGAACCACUUGGAAUCCCCGGGGGAGACAGCCUGCGGGAGGCCCUAACAAAUAGUUCAGACCCAAUAGGUGCUAUAGAAGAAUUUCAACAAGAGAACGGAGUCCUCUUGCCAUCGCUAAAGCCUGCGUUGCCAUUUCUUGACCUGCAUGGGGUUAAAAGACUUGAAUUUCAUCACUCUGUCUUGGAAGAGUUGCGUGAAAAGCUAAUUCAAAAGAUCAAUGACUUGGCUGCAGCGGACGAUCCAGACAAGCUGCAAAAGCUUGAGACUAUGCUGGAAAAGAGCUUCUGUGUGAUCAAAGUUGAUUCACUGAGGCCAGUUGUUAUGUGCAUGCUGAAAAAUCUGCCUAAAAUUAAGGACAGUUAUUUGAAAGAAAUUCUGGGGGACAAAGAUCUGUAUAAAGAGGCAGCUACUGAGGUUAAACGGCAGAUCUGGGAAGAAAACCAGGCACUGUUUGGCGAUGAAGUUUCUCCAUUGCUGUCUCAGUACAUCAGAGAAAAAGAAAACACUUUGUUUAGUCAUGAAAACUCCCAAUCAACAUUCUUUUUAUUAUCGCCAAAGGCAAGGCGACAGGGUGAAGUUAUACAAAAGCUUACAAACAUGGUUGGAAAAAGUGUUAAACUCUAUGACAUGGUCCUGCAGUUUCUGAGAACUCUGUUUUUAAGAACAAGAAAUAUGCACUAUUGCACAUUGAGAGCUGAGCUGUUGAUGUCCCUACACGAUCAGGAAGUUAACGACAUUUGUGCCGUAGACCCUUGUCAUAAAUUUACUUGGUGUGUUGAUGCAUGUAUCCGGGAGAAGUUUGUGGAUUCCAAAAGAGCUAGAGAACUCCAGGGGUUUCUUGACAAUAUCAAGCGUGGCCAGGAAUUUGUUCUCGGGGACCUGUCGAUGAUCCUCUGUGACCCUUACACCUUGAAUACGGUUGCUCUGUCCAUAGUUAGGGCCUUACAACAUUGCAUGAACAAUGACACAUUGCCGAGGGAAAGUGCUGAUAUUGUGCUACUGUUGCGGAUGUUGGGUCUGGGGCUUGGAGCCUGGGAUAUGAUUGACAACCAAGUCUUCAAGGAGCCGAAACUGGAGCCUGUGCUGAUCACAAAGUACCUUCCUACGUUGGCGGGCCUUGUUGUAGAGGACCAGACUCGGCCUGUGUCCGCCCGUCUGCCAGACGACCCACCACCCAUUCCCCAGCCCCCCUCACAGCUCUUCCUGAUCUUCAUAAAGGAGAGUGAGGUCGCAGCUAUGACUGCCCUGUACUACACAAUGCAGGCGGGCAGGCAGCGAGAUCGGUUCGCAUUAUGUCAAAUCCUUCCUUCUCUAGCCAUCUGUCAGGGGGAGCGACACUUUGACGAUACGUUUCUCCACACUUUAGUAUCCUACCUCAUCUCCAUGGCCGACGAUUUCUCAAACGAAGAUUUCUGUUUGGUCGUGUUCGACCACUUCUUCAAGGGUGGUUGGACAAAACACAAUGUGAUGCGUCACAUGUUGCGACUACUACACCACGUGCACCAUAGAUUACCGCACGAGAGACUCGAACAACUGCUCGCUCAGCUCAAACCAAACCAAGGGCACAAUGAAGCCAUUCACCAGGCCUAUGACUCAUUAUCGGAGAAGAUUUCAUCUUACCAGCCAAGCCCUGCCACCCCUACAGAGACAUUUGACGAUCCUCUAAUGAGUGUGCCGGCUCCAACACCUGCCAUGAUCAUGUGAUAAUUUCAAACCUGCCACCCCUUCAAAGAAACAGUGGGCUCUCCUGUCAGGAGUGUGCCGGCUCCAACACCUGCCAUGAUCAUGUGAUUAUUUCAAACCUGCCACCCCUUCAAAGAAACAGUAGACUCUCCUGUCAGGAGUGUGCCAGCUCCAAUGAUAGUCAUGAUCAUAUUAGAAAUUUACACUUGCCACUCGUGAAAAAUAUGUUUUCUAUGACACUCAUGAAUUAAAAAUUUGAUUUUUCACUGAAAUAAACAAAUAUCCUCUAUUUA